AUGAAGAAAUUGGGGGGGAAGCAGGUGCUCAAGCCUACGGGAACCAGGUUCGGGACACAAUACAUAGCCAUGGCCCGGCUAUGUGAGGUGAGGAGUGGGCUGGCGGCGAUGGUGCUCAGCGACGAGUGGAAGGUGUGGGCAGCGGGGGACAAGGAUAGGAAGACUGCAGCCGAGAAAUUCAGGGCUGCUGUGAUGGAUGAGAAGUGGUGGGGGGUGGCGGAGUUCUUUUCCUCUCUCAUGGCGGUGCCAUUCAAGGCCAUGCGGGCCACAGACUCUUCCGCGAAAGGCAUGAUGGGAAAGCUGUAUGACAUUAUGCUACAGCUUACCGAGGACAUCAAUGACAAGCUCGACGCUUCAGGCGACUUCUUGACUCGGACAGAGAGGGCAGAUAUCACCAAGAUUGUGAAGGACAGGUGGGACAACUCCCUUGCCUGCCCCAUGCAUGUGGUUGGCCGGAUCCUGAAUCCGGCCAACCAGGAGGAGGGAAUUUUCAGGAACGAUGUGGAGUGCACGAGGGUGUUCAAGGACUACAUCGAGCGCCACUAUGACCACGUCACCUUCAGGCGCGGCAAGGAUGGUGCCCCUCGCCGCGCCUCCCUUGUGCUGCAGGAGGCACUGCUGGCCUACAUCAACUUGGAGGGCAGUUUUGGCAAGCCGAGCGCCAUAGCUGCAAGGGAGGCAGUGAAGAAAGGGGAGAUGAGCAUGGUGCAGUGGUGGUUGUGGCACAGCACCGAGUACCCUGAGCUUGCCACCCUCGCAUGCCGGAUUCUCACUCAGCCCGUCUCGGCUUCUUCAUGCGAACGUGGCUGGGUGCGGUGGGAAGGCGUCCACACCGCCCGCCGCAACCGCCUCGGGUCCGCCAAGUGUGCGGACCUGGUUUACAUUGCGCACAACUGGAACGUUGUGCGCAAUCGGUACAACAAGGAUGGGGCCAGCACCGUUGUGCCCGGGAACAUCCCGGAUGCCCCUAUCCCCCGCGGCUACAACAUGGACGAGGAGGAGGAGGAUGACCUGCUGGGGGGGGAAGGAGAUGAUGCAGUGCUGGCAGAUGAGUAUGGGGAAGGGGUGGUGGUGGAAAAGCCCCGCAAGGAAAUAGGCUGUGGGGAAGCUCGCUAG